AUGAUAACUCACGUGAUUUUAAUAACAAUGCUCUAUCCUUUUUCUCUGACACAUAAAAGGCUCUGGGAUGAGGACAGGCCUGUCCUGUUGACCUCCACAGUCAUGAUGGGUAAGAUCAUCUUCUACGAGGGCAGGAAUUUUGAGGGACGCCACUAUGAGUGCAGUGGUGACUGCACUGACAUGCACUCCCACUUCUCCCGAUGUAACUCCAUUCGAGUGGACAGUGGGUGCUGGAUGGCCUAUGAGAAGCCUAACUUUUCUGGAUACCAGUACAUGCUGACAAGGGGGAAGUACGCUGACCACCAUCGCUGGUCCGGCUUCAACGACUGCAUCCGCUCCUGUCGCAUAAUCCCAGCUUACAAUGGAAACUACAGGAUGAAGAUCUUUGAGAGAUCAGACUUUGGGGGAAAGAUGAUGGAGCUGAGCGACGACUGCCCCAACCUGCAGGACCGCUUCCACCGGAGAGACAUUUCCUCCUGCAAUGUUAUGGAGGGCUACUGGAUCCUCCACGAGCACCCAAACUACAGGGGCCAUCAGUACUUCCUGCGCCCUGGCGAGUACAACAAGCAUAGCGACUGGGGCAGCAUGAGCUCUACCAUUGGUUCGGUGCGUCGCGUCACAGAGCUGAAGCAAAACAACCAAUAAAGCGGUCUCUAGAUCGCUCUGUCUAGCCAGGCUAGAUCUGUCUGACAGCCUGCAGAAGUCUAUACAUAUGUAGAGGGGAUGCCAACAUGAGUCAAUCUCAGAAUAUGGUUGAUAUCAGGGAAUAAGGAGAUUGUCCUUUAGUAAUUAGACCACUUACUGAGAAUAUGGCUGGGCUGAAGAAAGCAAGCAGUGGAUUGGAAUCCUGAUGUAGAUUUGUAUACAAGAACAUUUAAAGGGCUUUAUGCAGACAGUCAUCAAUUUAUACAUACCAUUUCCUCACAUUGAAUAAUAAACCAGUGGACUGAAGGGACAGUAUAUUUAAUUGUGUCACUAAUGCAGCAUUCAGCAGCAAAGACAGUUGCAAUUUCUUCCAACUGAGCCUGCUUAAAUUGUGUUUUUUAAAACAUUAUUCUGACCUAUACCGAAACACGUGAACUUCAUGUGUCUAUGACAAAGUAACUUUGUUAACUUGUCAAUGUAGCACUGUUUGGAAUAUAACAAAAUCUUACCAGUUGAUGUAUGUGGUGUGAGACAAUACAAUGUUGGUGUGUUGACGUUCACUACAAGUAAAUCAAGUUUGAGCAAUCAGGUAUCAAUCACAAUAAUUAUUCAUAUCAACAAAAAACAAAAAUAUUUCUCUCUCACCGUGACUGUGAAACAAAUGUGAUUGAGAAAAUCAAGUACCUAACUGUACAUCAUCUUUAUUAUUCAAAGAAUCUGUGGCAUGAGGAACCAAAGAUAACAAACUUUCACUAUGGACCUGUACUGACACCAAACAUGUGACCAUAAACAUGAAAAACAGAAGGGAAAAAAAGUCAAAUCAAAUAGGGCCAGUAACCAAUCAUGAUUACAAAUUAUUUUACCAUAAACAUUUGAGGGGGAGGCACAAAUUGCACAAAAUGUCCAACCUCUGUGGUCACUAUACAAAACAUUCUGGCGAGACCUAGUGCAGGGGACACACACGGCGAAUGAAUGGAUAUAUACACUGAACAAAAAUAUAAAACAGGGGAAUGUAAACUGUUGGUCCCGUUUCAUGAGCUGAAAUAAAAACUCCCAGAAAUGUUCCAUACACACAAAAUGUCUCUCAAAUUGUGCACACAUUUGUUUACAUCCCUGUUAGUGAGCGUUACACACUUGACAAUAUAAUCCAUCCUCCUGACAGGUGAGGCAUAUGAAGAAGCUGAUUAAACAGCACGAUCAUUACACAGGUGCACCUUGUGCUGGGGAAAAUAAGGCCAACGCUACAGAGGUGAGUUGAGGGAAUGUGCAAUUGGCAUGCUGACUGCAGGAAUGUCCACCAGAGCUGUUGCCAGAGAUUUGAAUAUUAAUUUCUCUACUAUAAGCUGCCUCCAACAUCGUUUUAGAAAAUUUGGAACUACGUACAACCGGCCUCACAACCGCACACCACGUGGAACCACACCAGCCUAGGACCUCCACAUCCGGGAUCGUCUGAGAUCAGCCACCUGGACAUCUGAUGAAACAGGAGUAUUUGUCUGUACUAAAGCCCUUUUGUGGAGAUUUUUUAAAAUUUCUGAUAGGCUGGGCCUUGCUCCCCAGUGGGUGGGCCUGUCUACCAAGUGGGUGGGGCUAUGCCCUCCCAGGCCCAUCCAUGGCUGCAUCCCAUCCCAGUCAUGUGAAAUCCAUAGAUUGGGCCAAAUAAAUGUAUUUCAAUUGAUUGAUUUCCUUAUAUGAACUGUAAUUCAGUAAAAUCAUUGCGUUUAUAUUUUUGUUGAGAGAAAUAUUUAGGUGUAUAUAUACACACACACAGUACCAGUUAAAAGAUUGGACACACUUACUCGUUGAAGGGAUUUUAUUUAGUUUUACUAUUUUGUGAAGACAUCAAAACUAUUAAAUAACACAUGCACAUGUAGUAACCCCAAAAAAGUGUUAAACAAAUCAAAAUAUAUUAGCCAACAAGUGCUCAGCAUAUGUGGGAACUCAUUCAAGACUGUUGGAAAAGCAUUCCUCAUGAAGCUGGUUGAGAGAAUGCCAAGAGUGUGCAAAGCUGUCAUCAAGGCAAAUGGUGGCUACCUUGAAUAAUCUAAAAUAUAUUUAGAUUAGUUUAACAUUUUUUUUAUUACUACAUGAUUCCAUAUGUGUUAGUAUUGAGGUCUUCCCAAUUAUUAUACAAUGUAGAAAAUAGUAAAAAUAAAGAAAAACCCAGGAAUUAUUAGGUCUGUCCAAACUUUUGACUGGUACUGCCUGCAUGUACAGUUGAAGUUGGAAGUUUACAUAACCUAGUUUCAAUGAUGCCAACCUAGGUGUUUCAACCACUCCACAAAUAUCUUGUUAACAAACUAUAGUUUUGUCAAGUCGGUUAGGACAUCUACUUUGUGCAAAACAAGUCAUUUUUCACUUAUAAUUCACUGUAUCACAAUUCCAGUGGGUCAGAAGUUUACAUACAGUAAGUUGACUGUGCCUUUAAACAGCUUGGAAAGUCCAGAAAAUUAUGUCAUGGCUUUAAAAGUUUCUAAUAGGUUAAUUUACAUCAUUUAUGUCAAUUUGAGGAGUACCUGUGGAUGUAUUUCAAGGUCUACCUUAAAACUCAGUGCCUCUUCGCUUGACAUCAUGGAAAAAUCUAAAGAAGUCAUGGUGAACUUCACACAUUUGAUGGAAUCACGAGGAAUGGAAAAUUAUGUGGAUAUAUCGAAGAAACAUCUCAAGACAUCAGUCAGGAAGUUAAAGCUUGGUCGCAAAUGGGUCUUCCAAAUGGACAAUGACCCCAAGCAUACUUCCAAAGUUGUGGAAAAAUGGCUUAAGGAGAACAAAUUCAAGGUAUUGGAGUGGACAUCACAAAGCCCUGACCUCAAUCCCAUAUAACAUUUGUGGGUAGAACUGAAAAGGCGUAGAUGAGCAAGGAGGCCUACAAACCUGACUCAGUUACACCAGCUCUGUCAGGAGGAAUGGGCCAAAAUUCACCCAACUUAUUGUGGGUAGCUUGUGGAAGGGUACCCGAAACGUUUGACCCAAGUUCAACAAUUUAAAGGCAAUGCUACCAAAUACUAAUUGAGUGCAUGUAAACUUCUGACCCACUGGGAAUGUGAAAAAAUGAAUCUUGUCUCUACAAUUAUUCUGACAUUU